AGUCGUUUAGUGAGAUUUAAUUAACCCUCCUUCCAAUUUCUGUCUUACCAGUCAGUGAAAAAAAAAGACGGAGCAUUUCUUUCUUCUUCGUAGCUUACGGCUGAAUUUGAGCUUUGAUUUGAUCUGAGAGAAGUUUUUUCAAAAAAAAAGGAUGCCAUCUCUACAAACAGCAUUGCCACCUGAACUUGCCAAUAACGCAAUUAGGCUUUACCGUGAGUGUCUUCGAAGAGCUAAAUAUAUCGGUCACCGGCAAAAUAACACAGCACUCCUUGUUGAUAUGGUCAAGCAGCAAUUCAAAAAGCAUAUGUAUGAGGAAGAUCCUGAAAAAAUUCAGAAGUUGAAGGAUGAUGCUGCAAGAGGACUUAUAAACCAUAUACUUUACGAGUCUGAGAAGAUGUCUGGCCGUAAAUUCAGUAAAAAUGGUUGAUUAUUCAUUGAAUUUAUUGAGCUAAGUGUAUUAGAUGAAAGUACCGAAAGAUUAGAGUUUCUUUGUCUAAAAUUGCACCUAUUGAAUCACGUGAAACUUUACUUUCGAUCAGAUUAAUAAACACAUAGACUCUUAAGACUGUUAUAGCAUCUGUUUCAUGACUCUUACAGUCUUGGUGAAUGUUAAAGCUUUCCGUGAUAUUCAAUAUUGUUUUGGAACUAUCA